GCGCAAUCCCACAAAUUCCGCACUACCCCCAUGACUUUUUACUAGCCAGUUCCCACCCAGGACUAUUUCCACUUUGGUUGCACUCCAAGUUACCAAUCGCCGGUUUCGAAACGCUUUCCGGUCAAGCUCAUGUUACAAAUUGAACUAACCUAGAAGGUUCUCUUAGCCCCUUACAUCGUAGGGGAAUCUUCCAUAAAAGAUGGCGGCGCGGCCUACCAGUUUAUCAUGUCGAACAGUUUAAACCACAUCAUUAACACCACGACACAACCAACGUUAUCCCCUAUCCCCGACGUGAACCUAGAAGACUUUUAUAGAAAAUGGCCCAAUCAUCACGCCUCUUCCAGCCGCUAAAAAUUGGCAAUGCCACCCUUCAACACCGCGUAGUAAUGGCGCCCCUAACCCGGUUCCGGGCCGACGCAAACCACGUGCCACUUCCCUUCGUCAAGGACUACUACCAGCAGCGCGGCUCCACUCCAGGAACCAUGCUCAUUACCGAAGCCACAUUCAUCGCCAAAGAAGCUGGCGGAUACCCCAGCGUCCCGGGUAUCUGGUCGAAGGAUCAAAUUGCGGCGUGGAAGGAAAUCACGGAUGCCGUACACGCCAAGGGCUCGUUCAUCUUCGUACAACUGUGGGCGCUGGGUCGCGUGGCGAAACCGGCUGUUGCCGAGGCGGAGGGAUUUGCGGUUAGGGGCGCGAGCCCUAUCCCCGAGGCCGAGGGCGGAACUGUGCCGGCUGAGCUGAGCGUGGAUGAGAUCAAGUCAUUCGUGGCUAACUACGCGCAAGCGGCACGUAAUGCCGUCGAGGCCGGCUUUGAUGGUGUUGAGAUCCACGGCGCGAAUGGGUAUCUCGUUGACCAGUUUCUCCAGGAUACUUCCAACCAGCGCCAGGACCAAUACGGUGGUAGCAUUGAGAACCGCGCUCGCUUUGCGCUGGAGGUUACUAGCGCCAUCGUGGAGGCUGUGGGCGCGGAUAAGGUCGGCAUUCGGCUAUCCCCUUGGUCCAAGUUUCAGGGCAUGGGUAUGAAGGACCCGAUCCCCCAGUUUACUUACGUGAUCAACGGUUUGAAGAAGCUGAAGCUGGCCUAUCUUCAUGUCGUCCAAUCAUACGUGGAACAAAGCGAUGCGGAUAUCGAGUCGAGCAAGCAGAUCACCUUCGCGCUCGACGCCUGGGAAAAUACCUCCCCUGUCCUGAUCGCGGGCGGGUUCAGAGCUGAGUCAGGGAAGAGGGUCGUCGAUAACAUAUUUAAGGAUAGGGAUGUCGCGGUCGUGUUCGGUCGAUACUUCAUCUCAACGCCGGACCUGCCGUUCCGGUUGCAGAAGGGUUUGCCCCUAACGCCGUAUGAUCGGGAUACAUUCUAUAGCCCUGGCGCGACGGCGGGAUAUAUAGAUUAUGCUUUUAGCGAUGAGUUUGUCAAGGCUGCAGCUUAGACGGGGGUGGAAUGUUGCUUAUUUGACUGAUGCUUGUAUUGACUAGCGAUGAUACUAUGACAAGAUCUGAUAUCGAGCUGUUUAGAGGAUUGGGUUGAGACAAACACAGGUUACGAGUUUUAUAUUGUAUUGAUACUCAGGAAGUGUGAAGCAGCGGUUUGUUAAUAGUACAUCUUAUACCUGACAGGAUUAUCAGUAUCCGCCAACCUGCCAAUUGAAUUAAUGUAUACAGUA